UCUUCACAAGGUUUAUAUAGAAACCCUUCUCUUCUCUCCCCCUUCCAUUAUUCCUCUUCCUUUUCUUCUCUUCCCCUCUCUCCCCCUUUCCUUCUAGGGUUCUGCGGAUCAUUGUAGAAUGAAGAUCUCGUACCUCGAUUUGCCAUUCCUACCCGUGCGUCUCUGAGACGGCGCGAAUUGCUGGGCUUGUCGACCGCUCGUGCUCGCCACGCGUGGUCACGGCGCACCCCGGCGGCGCUCGUUGAUUUCGGAGGGGUUCUUCAAGCCUGAGCACUCGUCGAUUUAGCAUCAAAGUCUCCUGGAAUCAGGCAAGGAUUGGAACCCUGAAGCAGCAUCGUAUUGGCAUCUCGAAGCUUCUCGGACCAAGUUGUGGUAUCUGCAAACGCCAACCAAGGACAGAAUGGAAGCAGAAUGGUUCUCGGGUAUCAAGGCUGUCACCUCAACCGCCACGACAGUGGUAUCUGGUUUAAAUGAUUGGAUUGCUUUUCUUCAAUGGUUCCAGCCAGACAAAACUUUGGAGAAUGGACAGCUGCAGGAGGAGCUCUGGAAACUCGAGACAACAAUGCCAAUGAUGCAGGAAAUGAUCGAUAAAGCAGAGUGGUCAAGUCAUAAGGACCCAGUAGCAAAACUUUUAGAAGAACUCAAGGGUGUCUUUUAUGAUAGUGAAGAUACUCUUGAUGAUCUGAACUAUUACGUGCUGAAAUCAAAGAUAGAGAAAGGUGCACUGCCAACAGAUUUCACUAAGAGCACAGUCUGCUGUGGCUUUGGUAAAGUGAAGGAACUGCAAAGAAGGGCCGAACAUCUGAUGACUCAGUUGAAUUUCAUGGUUUCACACAACGAGAGGCAUUUUGUGAAGUCAUUCAGGCCAGAAACAAGUUCUCUUCCAAAUGAACCUAAGAUCUUUGGCCGCCAAAAGGAAUUGAUGGAAAUUAUUCAAUUGCUUGGCGUGCCAGUAAGCAUCCAUAGUGGUGGGAAAAGAAAAAACAGUAAAAGUGCAACUGAUGCACUCAGCACCCAGGAAGCUUUCAUUGAUGAUGCAAGAAAUGAAGGUGUGGGUGUACUGGCUAUAACUGGCAUUGGUGGUGUAGGUAAAACAACUUUGACACAACAAAUCUACCAUCAUCCUCUGGUAGAAGCUCAUUUCGACCAACAGCUUUGGAUAUGUGUGUCCGAUGACUUUGACGUUAAGAGAUUGACAAAAGAGCUCGUACAGUCCUCAGGGGUGAAAGCAUUGUCAGAUAACCUGAAUUCUCUCCAAUCAAUACUGGCUACUGCUGUCAAGUCUAAGCGGUUUCUGCUCGUGUUAGAUGAUAUAUGGGACGAUGUUCUGACUGAAAAUGGACAAGAAUGGGAGAACUUCUGUGCUCCUCUAACACGUGGGCUUCCAGGAAGCAUUAUCCUAGUGACUACCAGGUCUGUUAAGGUAGCUAAGAAAGUGUGCACAGUUGGGACUUUUCCACUAGAAGGUUUACAAGCUGAUGCCUUCUGGGAGUUCUUCAGAUCAUGUGCAUUCAAUUGCAAGGGCUGCGAAAAUAAUGCAGAUUUAGAAACCAUUGCAAGGAAGAUUGUUCCCAAACUGAAAGGGUCUCCUCUAGCUGCCAAAACUCUUGGCCGGUUGCUAAGGGUGAAUCAUGACAUUGAACAUUGGAGAAAUGUCUUAGAUAGUGAGCUGUGGGAAUUAAAGCAAGAAAAGGAGGAGAUCUUGCCGGCUCUUAGAUUGAGCUACAUUUAUCUGCCUUUCCGUUUAAAGAGGUGUUUCUCACUGUGUGCAAUGUACCCAAAAGACCAUGUCUUUCAGAUGGAAGUUGCUGUUCACAUAUGGUGUGCCCAAGGUUUCGUGGAACCUCAAGGUCAAAUUCCUCUUUCAGAUAUUGCGCGUUCCUAUUUUCAAGAACUUAUAGACCGCUCACUCUUUCAAGAAGCUGCGGGGGCACCUGAUACAUACGUCAUUCAUGAUUUGAUCCAUGAUAUGCUCCAGUUAGUCUCAGCAAAUGAAAGUUCGUCGUAAGAAAUGAAUAUGACCUUCUAAAUGUUCCUCAAAAUGUCCGGCAUUUGUCACUGUUCACAGAGAAGAAUUUUGAUUCCAAAAGAUUUAUGAUUCUAUCUCAGCACAAGAAGCUGCGGACAAUUUUUAUCAAUGAAUCAUUGAACCAGACUGCUCUUAUUCCUAUAAUUGACUGUUGGUCCAGUGCCUUGAAAUAUCUCCGUUUUCUGUCUUGUGGCUUUAAUGCUAUAAAGGUGCUGCCUGAGACUGUUGCUCGUUUUAAGCUUCUGAGGUGCUUAAAGUUUGGAAGCUCCAGGACUUGUACUUUUCAUACAUUCCCAGAGUCAUACUGUUGCCUUUAUAAUCUGCAAACGUUCGUGGGGCUAGGCUUCAUAUUCCAGAACUUACCAAGGAACUUCACUAGACUUGUCAACUUGCAGCACUUCAGAAUUAAUACUCUUACUCAUCAGAGACACUGCACACUAUAUUCUGUUCCUUCCGAGUUCGCCCAUAUCAGAUUGCUAAGGUACAUGAAUCUUAAGGGAGAACUGAAUCUGGAAGGCAUGUCCUAUCUGCAACCAAAUGAUGUACAACAGCUCGAAAUGAGCAAAAGAAAGGAUAUUCGGAAACUAAUAUUAGCUUUUGACCAGGGUAGGGGCACCUCUGAUAGUGAUAUGGAAGUUCUUGAGGCUCUUUGCCCCCAUCCAGAUGUUAUUCAGUGCCUGGAUAUCAAGUAUUUCAAAGGCGACUUAAAUCCUACUUGGUUUAAGCCAUCAAACCUGCAGAGCUUAAUGCAGCUCCAGUUCAUAACAUGUGAUAUACGUACAGUAUCUUGGGGUGGUGACCAUGCUGGCACUAUGUUCUCAGCUCUCACUUUUUUGAACAUUUCUAUGUGCAGCAGACUGUCUUCGCUUGAACAACUUCUACAGGCACCUGGUCUUCCAGCAAUCAGAAUAAUUAGUAUUGACCGUUGCCCAGAGUUGGUGAACCUUUUUGUUGAAACCUUUAAAGCUUUUGAAUGUCUUGAAACACUGAGCAUCUGGAGCUGCCCAAAGAUUAAUUGGGAAAGGCUUGUUGGGUUGCCGCCUUCAUUGCAAUAUCUGAACAUGAUUGAUUUUGGUCAAUUUUCUGAUCACUUUCUGAGCUGCCUAGAACAUCUAGCAUCGCUACUGAAACUGAAUUUAUCUUCUGAAUCUUUGACUUCAAUUCCCAUACAACAAUGGUCAUCUCUACUGCGCCUGGAUGUUUGGAACUGUAGCAAAUUAACAACAGUUGACUUCACUCCUCGUUCCUUACCAGCAGUAAAAGUAAUCACAAUUCGAAAUUGUGAAGCUUUAUUGUCUCUACCUGGCAAAACGUUUGUGGAGUUCUGUUGUCUAGAGGAAUUGAUGAUACGUGAAUGUCCAAAUAUUGAGUGGAGAGGCUUGACAUUUCCUAUAUCGCUUCGGGAGCUGUACCUCAAUGACUGUGGAGACAUCUCACCAUGGGUUCCGAACUCACUGGAGCACCUCAACCACUUAACCCAUCUGGCGUUGAUGAACCUCAAGUACAUCAAAUCAAUCUCUGCACAAAUAUGGGCACAGAGUUUGUCAAAGCUGGAAUUCUUGCAGAUCUGUGAGUGUCCUCAUCUGCAAGCGAUUGGUGGUCCCAAAGGAAUUGCAGGCAUUACUAAUGCAUUUGUUGAAUCGUGUGACAAGCUAAAGGGUAUAAAGCAACCUUUCCGGAGAGGUAGAAUGGCCCACUUCGGCCACUUUUGACACAUGUUAGCUCCUGCAGGUGGAGUCGAACCAGAGAGAAGGCGUGAAGUGCCAAAGUGACCCUGAACCUCCUGAAGCCUGAAGAAGGGAAAACCCCUGUGACUUGUUUGCUUUGCUUUCUUGCUUUGGUGGUCCGAGAGGUGAGAGCAAAUGGCUUAACAAACAUGAAGCCUGGCGUUUUUUCCCCUUCUUUUUCUUUUGGCGAAGCAAAGAGCACCGUAGCUGGCAGGCAAUUUCCCCGAAACUGAUACUCUUGCGUUCCUGCGCUGUUUUGUCUGGUGGUGAGUUUAGGACCUUUCCCCUGUGUUGAGCAUAUGCGCUUUGGCCCGCCCAAAGGUGAUGACGCUUUUGCUGUUAUGGCAAUUGGCAAGUGGUAGCAAAUUGAUGAACUACUUGUCCUUUA